CGUCGGUAAAUCGUCAUUUCGAGUGCAUGCAUUGACCAAAAUCUCGCCAGUUUCGGGAAUUUGAAGACUGGAAUGUUCUUCCUCUGGUUUUGAUUCUCCCGCUGCAGAACCUGGUUUUGCUUUUACUGCAUAUCCAGGUCAGAUAACGAAAAGUAGCUUGAUUUCCAAGGAAUAUAUUAACCAUCCUUCUGAAUCUACAUUCAUUUACUCUCUGAAAUUGUUCGCUUCUUUGGAGUCUGGAGGAAGUGGUACUUACAGUUUAACGAAAUGCCUUCGAAUCACUUGCUUCUUGAGGAACCGAUUAGGAUGGCUUCCAUUUUGGAGCCUUCAAAGGAUAGCGUCUUGCCGACAAUGACGAAGAUCGUUGGUACUUUGGGCCCUAAGUCCCGAUCUGUCGAAGUUAUUUCUGCCUGUCUAAGGGCUGGAAUGUCUGUUGCUCGGUUCGACUUUUCAUGGGGCAGUCCUGAUUACCAUCAAGAAACUUUGGACAAUUUGAAGGCGGCUGUUAAGAACACCAACAAACUUUGCGCUGUUAUGCUGGAUACAGUGGGUCCUGAGAUCCUGGUUGUAAACAGAAAUGAGAAAUCUAUCUCUCUUAAGGAAGAUGAGUUGGUUGUUUUGACACCCAAUCAAGAAAUAGAUGCGUCUUCGGAGGUGCUGCCUAUAAGUUAUAAUGGACUUUCAAAGGUCGUUAAGAAAGGAGACACCCUAUUUCUUGGUCAGUACCUCUUCACUGGAAGUGAAACAACUUCUGUCUGGCUGGAGGUCUCCGAAGUGAAAGGAGAUGAUGUUCUUUGCUUGGUAAAGAACUCUGCCACGUUGGUUGGAACAAUGUACACUUUGCAUGCAGCUGAAAUUCGCAUUGAUCUUCCAACACUUACUGACAAAGAUAAGGAGAUUAUAGCGACGUGGGGAGUAAAAAACAAGAUUGACUUCCUCUCUCUCUCACAUGCUAGACAAGCGGAGGAUGUUCGCCAAGCUCGACAAUUUCUUUCUAAGCUAGGCAACCUUAGCCAAACUCAAAUCUUUGCGAAGAUUGAAAGCGUUGAGGGAUUAACCCAUUUUGAUGAGAUACUACAAGAAGCAGAUGGUAUUAUUCUUGCUCGUGGCAAUUUGGGGUUAGAUCUUCCUCCUGAGAAGGUAUUCUUGUUUCAGAAAACUGCCCUUCAUAGAUGUAAUAUGGCUGGAAAGCCCGCUGUUUUGACUCGUGUGGUAGACAGCAUGACUAGCAACUUGAGACCUACACGUGCAGAAGCUACUGAUGUUGCCAAUGCUGUACUUGAUGGAAGUGAUGCAAUUCUUCUUGGGGCUGAGACAUUGCGUGGAUUAUAUCCAGUAGAAACCAUUUCAACUGUUCGUAGAAUAUGCGCUGAGUCGGAGAAGGUUUUCAAUCAAGACUUUUAUUUCAAGAAGGCAGUCAAGCGUACCGGGGAGCCAAUGUCACACUUAGAAUCUAUUGCCUCCACAGCUGUUAGGGCAGCCAUUAAAGUGAAGGCUUCCGUGAUUAUAUGCUUUACUUCAACUGGAAGGGCUGCUAGAUUAAUUGCAAAGUAUAGGCCAACGAUGCCCGUUAUAUCUGUUGUCAUUCCAAGGCUGCAAACAAAUCAAUUAAAGUGGAGUCUGAGUGGAGCAUUUGAGGUAUGCAUAUUGUUUUGCAACUGUUAACAGUCUUUUAAGAUU